AUGUGGUCGGAACUUCCAUCAGAACUUCUGCAAUUAAUUGCUGAAAAACACACUAACUAUGUAGAUUAUCUUUUUACUCGAGCCGCCUGCAAGUCAUGGCAGGCUGCCAUAACAAAAAAACCACACAAUGUUCUGUGCCAACUUCCAUUACUAUUGCUACCUUACCACCAAAACAAUCCAGAUCACCGUGGGCUCUACAACAUUCCUGACGACAAAACAUACAGUAUUGAAUUGCCGGAGACUUACGAAAAACGUUGCUGUGGAUCAUCUCAUGGAUGGCUAAUUAUGGUGGAAAACAGCCCAGCAAUCUUUCUCUUAAAUCCCUUAACAAGAGCCAGAAUUGAGCUUCCUUCUUUAUCUAGUGUCUCCACUUUCCCCACUGAAGUAGUCUUCGAGAACUCCAGGAACUUGAAUGUGAACUACGUCAGGAGAGAGAAGCUUUAUGUUCGUGACACUUUUGUCAUUAAAGCAACAAUAUCUGCUGAUCCUUCGUUGACUGCCAGUUUCGUUGUUGCAAUAAUUUAUGGUUUCAACGAAAAUUUAGCCUUCUGUAGAUCAGGAGAUGUAGAUUGGACUCUGAUUGAUGAAACAUCACAGCCUGCUCGAUAUAAGGACAUAAUGUUCUGUGCAGGGAAAUUCUAUGUGGUUGAUCAAAUGGGUAGAAUUUCAGUCUGCACUAUGGCAGACAUGCCUACUAUGAUUCAUCUUCCUCAUCCACCACAGAUUUCACCACGGAUGGGAUAUAAGCAAUGGUACUUGGCAAGUCUAAAUGAAGAACUAUUAUUGGUGGCUAGGUACAGGAAAGUCAUUCCUGACUAUGAGUACAAAACCGAUAGAUUCGAUGUUUAUGGGCUAGAUGCUGAUGGGACAAACUGGUUGAAGCUGGAGAACUUGUCUGAUCACAUGCUGUUCUUGGGUUGA